AUGGAAAUAGCUCUAAUGGUUGCCAUUAUCAACUUAUUAUUGCAAAAAGUGCUUCCGCUUGUAGUAGAAGGGAUCAGUCUCGCAAGGGGAUUCAAGGAUGAAAUGACUAGGCUCAAAGAAUCAUUGAUCAUGAUUCAAGCCGUGUUGGAUGAUGCUGAGAGACGACAAGUUGGCGAUAAUCUCCGGCGUAAGGUGGAGAGUGAAAAUCAAAAGAGUAGAAAGGUAUUCUUCUUUUUUACACUUUCUAAAGCAGAUGUCUUCGGUUCCAAUAUGACUAAUAAAUUUAACAACAUCAACAAAUCCUUAAAAAGGAUCAACGAACAAGCGACUGAGUAUGGAUUCCAAAGGGGUGUUGUAGAAAUGACUCCUGCUCAAGUCAGGGUAAACCGAGAGACUGACUCAUUCAUUAAAGAUUCAGAAGUUGUAGGAAGGGAAAAUGAUUUGUCCAAUUUAAUUGAAAUGAUAACUUGCCCGAGAAAUGAACAAGAUGUCUUUGUUAUUCCCAUUGUGGGAAUGGUUGGCUUAGAUGAUGUGUGGAACGAAGAUCAUACCAAGUGGGAUGAUUUUAAGACUUGUCUGGAAAGGGUUAACUCAAUCAAGGGGAACUGCAUUCUAGUCACUACACGUAGCACUAAAGUGGCAUCAAUUGUAGAGACGAUCCCUGAGUCAUAUCAUUUGAAAAAAUUAUUAGAAGAAUUUUGUUGGUACAUAUUCAAAGAAAAAGCAUUUUCAAAUGGAGGACCUCUAAUGACCUUAGAAUUGGAGAACAUAGGAAAAGUGAUUGCAAAAAAUUGUGAUGGUGUGCCAUUAGCAGCGAAGGAAACGGGAAGUUUGAUGAACUCCAAGAAGGAAAAACGGGAGUGGUUGUCAAUUUUAAACGAUGGAGUUUGGAGUUGA